AUGGGCGCGCGGGCGGCGGCGAUGGCGACCGGUUUGGAUGCUGGCGAAGGGAGAAAGAAUCGUCAAAAUCGUGUAGAUGGUCGCCGCUGCGAUCUUUGGUUUCCGGCCUCGCCGUCCAAUCGGCCACUCAGUCACCGCUCUCCGGCGACCACGAGCAUCGGCAGCGGAACCCUCAACGGGCCAGACUCGCGUGGAGACCAUCUACUGCGUCGCCCAGUGCCGCAUCGACACCUCCGCCCCCUGCUCCUACCGCCCCUCAAGCUCGGCAUCUGGAACUGGUACCUGUCGGCGGAGAAGAGCAGGUCGGCGUGCGCCUCUUCCCGGAUCCCGGCCGGCUGGCAAAGGAGCAGCCGCCGCUCGCCCGCUUCUUACUCCGCGUCUCCUAGGCCGGCCCGCCCGUCGCUCCACCAUCUCCCUAGGUCUGCAGCUUCUUCUUGGCCUAAGUGCUGCUGGAAGGUAAGAGUUUACUACGAGGGAGGUGUGAUGUCUCUCUGGGACAGGCUGUACGGUUCCGGGGGAUUGCCUCCAUCUACAAAAGCCACGCCACUACCUGAUAUUCUGAUCUACGCCGCUGCCAGCAGACUUGUCAGGCCUCUGUGUUCCCUUUCUCUUGAGGUUCCUGGACUGCACGGCUGCACCGGCACACAGCGUCGGCCCCGACCGCUGGUGCUGCGUCUGGGUUAUUUCAACGGUGUCCUAUGGGUUGCCGGUGUUGUUGCUCUUCGCCAACAUACUCCAGUACGAAUACUGUCAUACUGAUGUUGUCGUUUUGGUGCAUCCAUGCCGUUUGGAUCUUGGCCUCAUUCCAUGAUCCGGCUUUGAUGUUUCUUUUUCUCACGAUGCAAGCCAGGUUACCUUCUGAUUAUGCACAAUAAUAGCUGACGGGGUCCUUCCUACGUAUUAAUCACUGGCUCCAUUUUAGCAGCAGCUUCCAGGAACUAAAUAUGCAGGUGGUGUGGUCAAUCACCAUUUGGUGUUCCUCUUCAUGUGCUCCAGUUUCUGAUGCAUAUUUAUCUCAAUUAUGGUUUAAUUCUUCCAUUUUGUGAUUUCAGUCUUAGCUCUUAUUGUGUAUUAAUUAAUUUGUUAUAUGUAGAGGAUGCGGAAAUGCAUUUCUGACCUUAGGUGCAUAUGGUCCCUUUAUCUAAAAUAUGUCUUGAGAGAUGCCUUAUUUUAGCGCUAAAAUUUGUCCUUUUACACGGACUGAAUAGAAGGUUUAUUUUUUGGCUAAAAAACUUUAUUAGCACGUAGGAUGUAGAAAUAUACAUGCGACAAUUUAUUCUGCAUUUUUUGACAUUUUAAAAUAUGUGUAAAAUGUAUCUUAAAAUGGAGCAUAUGCACAUGGGAGCAAAAACACCACGUCCCAGACGAUGGGUGUUUUGAUGUAAAUUAAUUAAGGUGGUGGUUUAGGCUUUAUUUUGUUGGCUGUUCAGUCAAUUGUUGAGUACAACAUAUGUUGGCUGGGCGUGGUCUGGGAAAAGAUCGACGUGCCUAAAACAAUACAAUCAUGUGUAUUUAAGUUCCAUUUUCGUACACGCAUGCUUAGUGCUAAUUUGUUUUUUAGCACUGCCAAUCUGCAGUUAAGAAGAAAAACCAAAUCAUAAUAUUCUUAUAGUUCAUUUAUAGGAUUGCCACCUGACAUGUAUAGCUUCUCUACGUGGGACAUGGGAGAUAGGUACACCGCUAUAACUAUUUCGUAUAAUACCAUUUCAUUUUUUUUUUCUUGUGGGCAUUACGUAGAGAACUUUGUUGUGCGAGUUGGUGGACGCUGUCCUUGGCAACAAAUGGAGAACACAGCGGAGGUUGGAACGAAACCAACCAGAGGAGCAUGAACGAUUACUUAAUUGCUGAAGCUUAGUGCAGUUUUCUACAAAUACGUGAAAAAGUAUUGCCAUGCUUUAAACCAACGCUUAACUGUGACUAUAUAUGGGGAUCCAUCUUGGAGUCUUCCAAUGUUACUGCAUCGCAAAGGAAUCAACAAAAGAAUCUGUGAUAGUGUUUUUUCUCUGAGUGACCAUUUGUUACAUAUUCUUCUUGACAAA